UCGUCAGCAUGAGGAGCAAUAUUUGUUGCUGUUGUUUGUUAGCAAGCCGAAAUCUCUAGUAAAUCCAUUAGAAUUAAAUUACCAGCAGGAUGGCAGGCAACGCCAACAGUGACGACGAGUUCCAGGACGCGAUUGGCGAGGAGAUCACGGAAAAGGAGGACACCAACACGCGGCUGAGCGAGAAAGAUGUGGACGAAAUCGUGGAAAAGCAGAGCCAACUGGCGCUGGAUGACGAAGCCGAGGAGGGUGCGGCUGGCGGAGACGCCGUAGCGAAACCACCGGACGUAGACACCGAGCUGACCAUCGAGGAACUGCGCGAACGCGAGAAGGAACUCAGUCCCGAACAGCUGGCGGCGAAUAAGGAGAAAGCAGACAAACUGAAGCUGGAGGGCAACGAGUUGUUCAAGAACGACGAUGCCAUAGGCGCCGCCAAAACCUACACAGAAGCCCUGGACAUCUGCCCUUCGGAGAGCACCAAGGAGCGGGCAGUGCUCUACGGGAACAGGGCUGCGGCCAAAAUAAAGCUGGAGGCCAACAAAGCGGCCAUCGACGACUGCACAAAGGCCAUCGAAUUAUGGCCAGAAUAUGUCAGAGUACUCCUUAGGCGCGCCAAGCUCUACGAGCAGGACGACAAGCUGGACGAGGCUCUGGAGGACUACAAGAAGGUGACCGAGCUAGAUCCCGGUCAGCAAGAGGCUCGUGAAGCUCAGAUCCGCCUGCCACCCCUCAUUAACGAGCGCAACGAGAAGCUCAAGAACGAGAUGAUGUCCAGCCUGAAGGAUCUGGGUAACAUGAUACUCAAACCCUUCGGCCUGUCCACACAGAAUUUCCAAAUGCAACAGGAUCCCAACACGGGCUCGUAUUCCAUAAACUUUAACCAAAAACCAAGCUAGUUAAAAGUUUUGCAGAAUAAGAAAUAAAGCUGUUUUCGAGGAUAAUGUGAAAAAUAGCAGUCUGGCGCUAGCAAGUCGUGACGAAGUCACCGCUUCCAUACACUUUACAACUCUACCACUAGAAAACAUCCGCAUUUUAAUCACAAGCAGGAUACCAAAAUGUUUGGGUCUACUUGAUAUUACAUUACUCAGAUUUUAUUAUAAUAUGCAUGAUGUGAUAUGCAAAUAAUCUAUUAGGUUCCUUCCGCAAUUGACUGUAUUGUUAAUUAAAUAUGUUCUCCGUAAGAAUUAA